GCACGCGUGCGACCAUGCCUGCAAUUGCUCCACUGGAAACACGGCUGCGUGCUUCUAAUCACCGAUCUGUUCCUGAAGAGCAGCAGCACCGGAGAAGCCACUCCGCUUAAGCCUUUAGCUUGAGAAACUGAGGGUGGAAAACAGCAGGUCCCGACCCCGUUCACCGCAGGCUUGCGAGGAUCUUUCCUUAGAUCCGUAUGUAACAAAUAAGCUCUACCAUUGCGCCGUCCCGUUCCACGGAACCUCUGUGCAGGGGGGGUGGUUUCCUGGAGGAACCCUUUCCCGGUCACACGAAGCGUCCCUUCUCGCUGCGGCGCUUCCUGCUGGCGGACUGCAGAAAUGACCAUUUUACUAUGGAAGAGUUUUCAUCGAAUUACUCAUGGCAGAUUAUUGCCACAAGUGAGUAUGUCUCUCCAUAGCCAUACUCAUGGUUUUGAGGAGGAGAAAAUAAAGAAGAAGCUUCAGCAAUUUGCAGGUGGAUCUGUUGACCUUUCUAAAGAAGAUGAUGGGAUUGGGAUACUGACAUUGAACAACCCAAGGUUUAUGAAUGCGUUUACAGGUGUGAUGAUGCUAGAGCUACAGGAGAGGGUUGCUGAAUUGGAAAACUGGACGGAUGGAAAAGGGCUGAUUGUCCGUGGUGCAGCAAACACUUUUUGUUCAGGGUCUGAUCUGAAUGCCGUCAGGGCGCUGUCCAGCCCACAGGAUGGGAUGGACAUGUGUAUGUUCAUGCAAAACACCUUAACCAGACUCAUGAGGUUACCUCUGAUUACAGUUGCAUUAGUGCAAGGGAAGGCUCUGGGAGGAGGAGCAGAACUCACCACUGCAUGUGACUUCAGGUUAAUGACCCCGGAGAGCGAAAUUAGAUUUGUCCACAAGCAGAUGGGCUUAGUACCAGGCUGGGGAGGAGCUGCCAGGCUCGUACAAAUCCUUGGCAGCAGCCCUGCCCUCAAGUUGCUGAGUGGUGCUGUAAAAGUGGAUCCAGUGACCGCCCUUCGUAUUGGCCUGGUAGAAGCCGCGUUGUCCUCGUCUGAUGAACUUGAGUCACUGGAAGAAACACGUACAUGGCUCAGACCAUACACAAAGGGCCCUCCUGCAGUAAUUCAGGCUGUGAAGAAAGUGGUUUCUGCAGGACGAGAGCUGCAGUUAGAAGCUGCCUUAAUGACCGAAAAAGAGAUUUUUGGAACUGUUUGGGGUGGGCCUGCCAAUUUACAGGCUUUGGCUCAGAGAACAAAACAUAAAUAAAUGACACACAAAAGAAAUGGUUUUGAUCUUUCUUUUCCAAACAAAUAGCUGCUGCCAAACAGGGAUUUGGGAGAAACUGUUAAGAAUUGUAUCAACUCAGUGGGCAUUAACUUUCUGGGACAUUUGAUUAUAAGCCCCCUAUACUCUGAUCACAGCUAAAGUGGAGAUUAGGGAAAUUUGUUCUUGAAAAAUAAAAGAAAUGCUGGGAGCUUAGUCCCAGGUAGGGUAAAUAUAUAUUUCCCUUCCAGCAACUUGCUGCAUAUUGCACGUGGAGGUUGUAUGCAUAUGGAAGUCUGCAAAUCAGCCGGGAGACAUUUGCAUCCCGGUGAGUAUAUGUAUGUUCCUCUCUCUCGUAGUAAGAGCUAUCAUACUUGGAGUAGUAAUUAAACUUACUCUUUCAAAGCAUCUUCAUUGAAUGCAUUAUUUUCAUGUGCAUUAUGUUAUGUACGGGCAUAAUAUUUUGAAAGGCAAGUGCAACGUUUUAGCCAAGUUUAUCCUUGCAAAGACCUGUGAUGGAUGUAAGAUGAUAUCCUUUUCAAAUGGAUUUGAUUGUUGUUGUUGAUGUCUCCAGUUCAAAGCUCUUGAACUUGUCCAAGUUUGACACAGUUUGAUCAAAAAUAGGUUUAACCUAAAAGCAACUUUAGCCCUGUGUACAUGUACAGUGAGAAUUGGCCAGGUCAGAACUAAAAUAAGUAACAGUAUAGCUUUCCUCAAACUUCAUCUAGGUGGUACUCAGUGAGCUCAUACACUACAUGCACAGCCCCAAAGCUCCUGCCUUCAGCUUAUUAAACCAUCUCAAACUUACACCAGAAAGGUAAACUAUGUUCAUUUGUUGCAGCAAAAACAAAGGAUCUUGAGGCACCUUAACAACCAACAAAUUUAUUAUGCCAUAAGCUUUCAUGAACCCAAGUCCACAUUGUAUCUGAUUAAGUGGAUUUCAUCUACAAAAGCUUAUGCAUUUGUUAUUCUUGAAGGUGCUAUAAGAUUUUGUAUUAAGUGCAAGAACAUCUCACCUUCAUCUUAGGUCUUUGUGUAGAUAAAGUUGGCAGACACAGUGUUAAAUGUAAAAGGGAUUUUCACACAAUCUUAUGCUGUAUCUGCAAAUAUCAGUGAUGGUGUCUAGGCAUAUAUGGAUUAAAGGCAUAUUUGAUGGAUUUCCUGGUUAACUGAAUUGACCUUACCUUUUUCAGCCUAUACAAGAAAGCAUCUCCAAGAUGACUUGCAUCUGAAAACUUUCAAUAGCAUUCCAAGUGCCAAAACCAGUAUCUAGCUGCUUUGUGGAAACAGUAAAUUGGUUUUGUAUACAAUAUCAUUGAUGCAUUUAAAGCUGUAGUUUCUAUAGUAUAAACUUCCUCGUAUUUGUGUUAGGACUGCAAGAACUUUGAGUCCAACAAGUCAUUA